AUGAAAGGCCCAUUCCCUGGUCAGGUUCUUACAGCAGUUGGUCUAGAUUCCAACAAUGGAAUUUAUCCCUUGGCCUAUGCAAUUGUUGAGUCUGAAAACACAGCUAGCUGGAAGUGGUUUUUAGAAAACCUUCGGGAUGUCUUCGAGCUUGGGAGCAACUCAAACUAUAGUUUCAUAAGUGAUAAGCAAAAGCAACCACCAUUCCUGAGUUUGAGCAUUUUGAAGGAGUUUAGUGAGUAUUAUAAGGAGGGAUGUCAAUGGUUGAAGCAGAUUUCUCCUGUACAUUGGGCAAGGAGUCAUUUCUUAGGAAGAGUUGUUUCUGAUGUGUUGAUUUCAAACAUGUGUGAAGUGUUUAAUGGGAAGAUAGAGAAAGGCAGGGACAAACCUAUAAUUUCAUGUUUAGAGUUCAUUAUGGAGUACAUAAUGAAGAGGAUAUGCAAUGUCAUGAAGGCAAUGAAGAAGGCUAAAGGUCAACUAACACCUACAGCAACAGACAUCCUAGAUGCAAGGAAAUAA